CACCUAGAUUCCGCAGCGAACUCAGUGCCGACGACUGCCCGACGAGGUUUUCCUUUUUCCUCAUCUCCGUCGCAGAUCUGGAAAGCUCUGAAGUGACACUCGGGGCUACAUUUAAGCAGACGUAACUUCGUUUGCCAGCAGGCGAUGGGCAACAGGAAAUCAGUUUUUCUUCCGGAGCAGCUCGAGGAGUACCAAGAUGCUACGUUUUUUACUCGGAAGGACAUUCUUCGGGCGCACAGACGCUAUCAGCAACUCUCUCCAGGCAUCGUUCCAGAUGUCAUGACCGGCCAAGAAGCGCAAACUGUCACCGUUUCUUUCUCUCUGCUGGAAAAUCUACCCGAAUUGAAGGAAAACCCGUUCCGAAAAAGGCUUUGUCAAGUUUUCUCGCGAGAAAGAACAGGAGACCUUACUUUCGACGAAUUUCUCGACAUGAUGUCAGCUUUGAGUGAGGAUGCUUCACAUGACAUUCGAGUCGCUUACGCUUUCAGGAUGUUUGACUAUGACAACGACGGAUUCAUCGGGCCUGGUGACCUGCAAGCUGCAACAAACGAACUUACGAACGGCGGGCUUGCCGACGACGAAGUCAAGUUGAUUGCCCUCAAGAUAUUGGAGGAAGGGGACAUCGAUGACGACGGGAAACUAUCGCAAUAUGAAUUUCAAAACGUCAUCGAGCGCUCACCGGAUUUCAUGACAAACUUCCACAUUCGGUUUUGAAUUCGGUGCGAAAAUUGUGACCAAUCCAUGAACAUUCCGCAGAUCUUCUCGAUUCGGUAUGCAAGUCUCUUCUCUCACAUUCAGACAUUCACAAAAUGUCUGAAAGUUGUAAUUUGCUGCUUUCAAUGAGGAAGAGCGUGAAACACUGUACUGUACCUAAUCGUGAAUACGGGAAACCAUCCACGACGUAAAACCCUCCAAUAGCUCACCUCGUCAUGUUGAGUAUAGACGCGUGAAAUGUAACACUUCCAGACUGGCGGAG